GUUACAAAUAAGUGUGAGGAGUUCGUUGUUUAAUAUUUGCAUAGAGGUGCAAACAAGACGACAAGAAUACAAAGUGCAGCCUAUCAUACAAUUUUAUGGUCUGCAAAUAAAAGGCAGUUUGGACCUCAGAGAAAUAACAGUCAUUGUGCAGCUGCACAUUUAUGCAACGACUUGUUGAGUGAACAUUUAGAUAUCUGAUAUUGCAAAACAAUGGAACAAAAAGAUGAAAAGAACUGCCGCAUUGAGGAGGAAGGAGAAAGAAAAGGACCAAAAAUAUUUCUGGGGAUCUUUACAAGAGAGAAGUUCAUCAUGUUAUGUGUUUUUAUUGGACUGAUGGCACUUCUCAUCAUUACCUUAACUUCAGUAUUUGUGAUCACAAUAUCAGAUGCUUCAGUCAACAUGGAAAUGGAGCCUUUCCCAUCUGAUGGAGACAUGCUUGACUUUCUAUUCCAAAUCGGAGAAAUUCAGGAGAAAGAUGGUCUUUAUGCAACAUGGUAUCACGCAGCCAACAAUAAAUCUGAGAUGAUCAAGGCCUUAAACAGUGAUGUCAUGAUCCUAGAGGCUGAUAUAAAUUUGAAAGGUUAUAGCACAGCUAAUGAAACCAAUAUUCCCAUCAUGGCCCAUCCACCAGACAUAUACAGUGACAACACUCUGGAGGAAUGGCUGGAUGCUGUACUCAAAUCAAAAAAAGGGAUAAAGCUUGAUUUUAAAAGUAUCAAUGCUGUGGAACCCUCACUGGAUCUGCUGAGGGUAAAAAAACAAAUGGGGAUCAGCCGCCCGGUGUGGAUAAAUGCAGAUAUUCUUCCUGGCCCUAAUGUGCCUGUUUUCUGGCCAGUAAUCAGUGCUUCAGAGUUUUUUGAGCUCAUUCAGCUGAAAUUUCCUGACGUCACCAUCUCUCCAGGAUGGAAGGUUCUUUAUCUUUCCAUCUUCCCUAAUGUGACAUACACACGCAGUAUGGUGGAAGAUAUGUACUCUAUUGUAAGACACCUCCCUCAAAAAAUCUCUUUUCCUGUCCAUGCUUUGAUGGCCAAGAAUGGGUGGCCACACCUGAGCUGGCUGCUCAGCCAGUCUUCAAGGUUCAGUUUAACCCUUUGGCAAGGAAAGGAGAACCCCACUGUGAACGACCUUCUUUUCAUCAGAGACAACAGCAACCCUCUGCGCAUCUAUUAUGACAUCUAUGAGCCUGUACUCUCACAGUUCAAAGAAGCUGCAAAGCUGAGAAACAGACCCAGAAGAUUCUAUCCAGGUGGGGACAUAAUUGACUAUUUCAGGCCGGUGAACAGUGAUGGACUCAACAUCCAGUGGGAUACAGUGACCGACAAAGAUUAUUUGCUAUAUCUUCUCAAAGACAGCCAAGGGGGAAUGUUGGUGAUCCCAGUAAUAUCUAGUGAAGGACAAACAAACAUUCCUGUCAUUCAGGGAUCCCAGCCUGAACUGCCGCUACAGGACUGCCUGGAGCUGAUUCUUGCCUCCAAAAAGUCGUGGGGAAUCUACUUAAGGAUAAAGUCCAAGACUCAGCUGAGCUUCACACUGGAGCUCCUCCGUCAGGCAUAUGACAGAGACCUGCUGCACCACCCCACCUGGGUAAACAUGGACAUAGCACAUGGAGUUUUCUAUAUCCAAGAAUACGUGACAGGAGAGGAAUUCUUGAGAACCGUUGAUCAAAUCUUUCCAUAUGUGACCUUGGCUCCAGGUUGGCCUCAAGAAGUUCUUGAUGAAGGAUACAAACCAGAGUUGGUGGAGGACAUGGUGCAGCUCUUCCAGGGGGCUUGGCAAGAUGUUUCACUGCAGCUGCAUGCUGAAACACUGUACAGGACUGUGACUGGAUGUAGAAGCCUUCUCCAUGCACAAUCACGCUUCUCAAUGACUCUGGAGCAUCAGGCAGAGGACAGAGGCCUCAAUACUUGGACUGCAAGCUUAAUGGCUAUCAGAGCACUGAACAGACAGCGGAGCUUCUACAACAUGCCAAAUAUGUACAGAAAACAUAUAGCAAAUCUGUCAGCCUGAAAAUGAAGAUCAUACAGCACUGAUAAAGACAUUGCAAAAUUUUAAAAUGUGGUUUCAGUAAUUCACAGACAAGAUAUUUAUGUCAAAUGUAUAUUAUAAACAUGAAAAUGUUGAUGAUUGAAUUCUUUCAUAGAUUAAUUUGUUAUAAUAAUAUACACAUUUUUAAAUUGAAUCAUUAUAUGUUUAAUCAUGAUGACCAAGAUUUAGUAAACACACAAUAAAACUGUAAUUUUAUAUACAUCCCUGCACCAAAAAAAAAUAUUAAAAUACUGCUACAAGACAGGACAAAGCAAAGAUAGAUAUUUAAGUAUUUAAAUUAUAUAAUUAUAAGUUUUUGUGUAAUAUGUAAAUAUUAUAAUGGAUCCAAGUGUUAGAAAUUAGGUUUAUUUUUAAAGAUAUUUUAGCAUGAUGUUAUGUUGCACUGCACUGUAACAGUGGCUUGUUAGAGCAUGAGGGGUGCCCUAUAUUGAACCAUUAAAA